AUGGAAACCCAGUACCGAAUUAUUCCUGUUUUGGCUGCUUACAUCAUUCCGAUCUAUCUUGCUGUGGGUACGGUCGGAAACGUGACGGCCAUUAUCGUCUUUUACCGACCAGGAAUGUCAGCUAUUACAAAUGGAGGAUUUUUUGUCCUUGUCGCAAUUAUGGAUUUGGGAAUUUUAUACGCCUGUCUGCUAACCGAUUACUUAAUUUAUAUGCAGUACAUUCAUCCGUUUACCUUGCAGGGGAUCCUCAUCUCCGAUUGGAUUAAAUCCAGCAUGGGCAUGCUAGAUCCAUGGCUUUUAGUGACCAUCACGGCGGAGCGGGCAUUCGCCGUCUUCCGCCCGCUUAACACAUGGACAAAUAAAAAAGACAUUAAGAACUGUUAUGGCUGCCCCUGUAGUUGGCGCUUUGAUACCUUUAGUGGUGCGAUUUUCAUUGUCCUAUUUACUGUAUGUUUUUUGUUCAAUUUGCCGAUUCUUUUCCAAAUUAACCUUCGAAAAGGGGUCUACGUUUCCUUUUUUAAUGUCUGGCUUUCGCUGCAGUCUUUGUUUAUUUUGGUUGUGCCUUAUAUGAUUAUGCUGAGCCUUGAUACGGGAAUCUUGUACAAGUUACACGGAUCGCCUUUUGAUAAAUUAAACGCAGCAAAAACGAAGGAGAGUCGCAAAUGGUGGAAAAGUGUCCAUAAUGUGAAGGUUGACGAUAGCACUGACCCUGGGGCCCAGAAAGAUGGAGAAAUCGGUAGGCAAAGCGGUAAAACAAGUGCUAACUGUUGUGUUUCAGUUGGCCGGAAGUCGACCCGAUCACGUGCAUUGCAGAGCAUCCGACUGAUUCUUAUCAUGGACGCUCUCAGCAUAGCGCUAAAUCUACCAAUGACAUUGGUUUCUUUUUUCUGGAUCUCCGAUUUCGUCGCCUUCUCGAUAUGCCGAUUUGUGUUGUUCGCUAGGCAUGCCUUCGGCUUCCUUUUCUAUUUAACCAGCGGCCAGUUUCGACAAGAAUUGGCCCUUAUGUUUUGCCAGCGCGUGAAUCUUGGUCGGAAGGCGAACGCGGUUUGCAACUCGCGUUUGGAGACAAUCACCAGUUCGAUUAUGUGA